UGAUAAUAUAGGAAUAAAUAAACAGCAUGUUGUAAGUUACGAAAAGUUUGAGACCAACAGAACAGAACAAUGAUAGUCUAUAAUAGUAAACAAUGAGUGGGAGUGCAUCGUUAUGAGAUGACAGUGCGUGGUGCGCGAGCGGCGGCCCUCUGACGCAGGAUGAGCAGUUGAUGUGCGAGCGAGACACACGAUGUACGAGCGGGACAGGAGACUGCUGUCCAUCAUCUUCAGCACGCUGCUGCUGGGGAGAGCUAUCGCAGGUCGCGGCGCGUCGGGCGUGCGCGUGGAGCUGCGGCUGGAGCGGUGGGCGGCGCGCGGUGGGUCGGUGCGGCUGCGGUGCGAGCACGACGUGCCGCCGCACCUGCUGGACAAGGUGGUGUUCCUGCGCGCCGGCACCAAGAUCUUCCAGUACAUCCGCGACCGCAAGCCGCCCUACCGCAACUUUACCACGCCCGGCGCCGUCGUCAACGUGGCGCUGGCGACGGAGAACUCGAUAGUGCUGCAGAACCUGGAGGCGGCGGCAAGCGACGUGUACUCGUGCGAGGUGUCGCUGCAUACGCCCAUCUACACCAAGGCCUCCAGCGAGAAGCAGCUCACUGUCUUCCAGCCUCAGAAGCACAACCCGCGCGUGGAGUUCCCGCGGCGGCGACUGCACUGGGGCGAGACGCUGCGCGUGUCCUGCACCAGCGCCCCCGCCGCCCCCGCCCCGCACAUCACCUGGUUCGUCAACGGGAACAAGAUGAAUGACCUGAUAGCCUAUUCCCACCAAUACAGAGUCCCGGAGAGGCGGGGGCCGCGGCCGGAGCCCCCGCCCGUGCUCUCCCUGUCGCACGCCUCCCACGCCGCCACCCGAGCCCCGGGCUGCGCGCCCCGCCUAGAGACGGAGGCGCUGUCCCAGUCGACGGUGGGCGGGCGACGGCGGGCGCGGGCGGGGCUGUUCGUGGCGGUGUCGGAGCUGCAGCUGGUGGCGAGCGGGCGGCUGGAGGUGGCCUGCGUCAGCACCAUCCCCGAGUUCCGCAGCAUACACGACACCUUCGCCGACAUGAGGAACGACACCGUCAUAGUGGAGGUGCUGCAGCCGUCUGUGUCGGAGCAGCAGCAGCCGCACAACCUGACGGCGCCGACGUCGUCCGCCGGCCGACCCGCCGCAGCGCUGGCCCUGCUCGCAGUCCUGCACGCGGCACUCUCAUAACCUGCCGGCAGGACGCGGGUGUCGGGUUCAAUU